AUAGUUCUCUACACGCGUUGAUAGCACCGUUGGACGUCACAAGGAACCGGUUGCGUUACCGUUCAACUGGUAAGAAGCGACCUCGCUAUUCAGUGUUUCACGGUAACUGCGCGCUCAGUCUUCUUCAGGCUGCGGCCUCCUGUACAUCGGGCGCCUACUUAUUCCCGCUCCCCGUAUUCUUCAUUCUGUAAACAUAAAAAUGGUGUGCGCCUGCCUCCUCACGAUCCUCCUUGCGCUCUACAUAUUCUUCGACGUGAAUUACUUUAUCCGCAUUAUCUUCACGAUCGGCACCGGCAGGCUGUUCCAGAAGAAGAAGAGGAUUUUCAACACGACUACUAUCUAUGGAUUAUGCACUACGCAAGACGUCGACUUGUUUUUAAAACACAUGAACAAUGCGAGGUAUCUGCGAGAUUUGGAUUUCGCACGAUUCCACUUUUACGACCGAACUGGAAUUUACUCAUGUAUAGCGAAAAAAGGAGGCGGUGCAGUACAAGGCGCAUCGUCGACUCGAUAUCGCCGUGCUCUUCCCAUUUUUACGCUCUAUAAAGUGACCACGAAGUUAAUUUAUUGGGAAGAUAAACACUUUUACAUGGAGCACGAGUUUAUCACUUUGACGGAUAAUUUUGUUCGCGCGGUCGUGCUUAGUAGACAAACGAUUACAAACUUGAAAGUCACUGCUGCAGAGAUAAUCGCCGAACUCGAUCCAAAUGCGAAGCUACCCGAAGUUCCUAAGGAUUUGAAACAUUGGCUCGAUUCUAUGGAAGAAUCCUCGCAGAAGUAUAAGAAACAGAAUUGACUGCGAUCUCAUUUUUGUACUUAAAUCAUACGUUUUGUUCGAUUUGCUGUGUUAGUAAUUAAAGUCUUUUAAAUACAAUA